GUCGUCCAGGGCUGAAUUCACUCUUUUAUAUAUUCUUUUCUUCCUCAACUCUCUGCCUCUUCUAUCUUUUCAAUGUCAUCCAUGUAAGAGGAAGAAUUAAUUUCUUAGUUAGAGAUAGACAAGAUUAAAGCAAGUAAUCAUGGGGAUCAGAUUCAUACUAAUGGUGAAUAAGCAAGGACAAACCCGUCUUGCCCAGUAUUACGAAUACCUCACUCUUGAAGAAAGACGUGCCCUUGAGGGUGAAAUUGUACGCAAAUGCCUUGCCCGCAACGAACAACAGUGUUCAUUUGUGGAGCAUCGUACCUACAAAAUUGUCUAUAGGCGAUAUGCAUCACUCUUUUUCCUUGUUGGAGUUGAUAAUGAAGAAAAUGAACUAGCUAUUUUGGAAUUCAUUCACCUCUUAGUUGAAACUAUGGAUCGUCAUUUUGGCAAUGUGUGCGAGCUAGAUAUCAUGUUUCAUCUUGAGAAAGCGCACUUCAUGUUGGAGGAAAUGGUAAUGAAUGGGUGUAUUGUUGAGACAAGCAAGGCAAAUAUUCUGACUCCAAUUCAACUAAUGGACAAAGCAUCAUAAGAAUCCACUCUUAUGCACAAAAGGUUUCGAAGCAUCAUGGUGAACCAUUUGUUUUGUGAAGUGUUCCUUCUUUGAUUGGUUUGUAUGAGGAAAACAAUCUUUAUUUCCAUUACAAUGCUAUGCAUCUGCUUUGACAACAUAUAAGGAGGAUAAAUUGCUUUGGUUAUUUUACUUGUUUGACUUGG